AUGGGAAAUUUCAAUUCUGCAUAAGCAUAAACUUAACCUAAAGAAGAAUGUAAAGCAUGUUGUGCAUGCCCAGAAACUAGAUAAUUGAGAGAUGAGUGUAUUAUUUAAAAUGGAGAAGAAUAAUGUAAGAAAGAAAUAGAAAAUCAUAAAAUUUGUUUAAAGAAAUAUGGAUUUGAAUGA